AUGUCGAACGACACAGCGACUGGCUACACAAUUGUGGAUGCCAGUGAGUCGUUUCACCUCAUCGACCCCGAAACGGGCCUCUCAAUGACGAGCCGAUGUGUUCGGGACACGGCGGCACAAAGCAGCGUGAGGAUGACGGAGGUGGCGGAGAGGGAGCCGCGGGCUGAAACGCCGGUGAGUACGGUGUCGAGGUCCGCCUGGAGUAUGUUGGCAACAACACAAGUGGAUGAAGCGGGCGGCACGGUCCCCGCCGCAUCAGCAGCUGGGCAAUCACCGUCAUUCUCAGAAAGUCGCGGUUUGGAAUCUGCCUCACCUUCACAUGGGGAACAGAUUGCGGCCGAAUCGAUUAAUAAUGGAGAAUAUUUGUCUUCCGUUUUGUCUCGUUUGACGCAGAUCAACCAACAUCAUAAUCACCACAAUGACGCGGAUAAUGAUGAGGAUGAGGAUGAGGAUGAUGGGAAGAACAACGACAAUGCGCCUCAACGGCCCGUUCCACGUUAUGCGGCCGAAAUAAUGCCUGCUUCUGAGAACAAAAGUAACACAGCCACCCCCACUCUUGCGUCUUCAAGGGAGAAGGAAAGUGCGAUGAACGCCGUUCUCCGCGCACAGUUGGCAGAGGCGGACAGAAAGAAUGUGUAUUAUAUGCGUCUUUACGAGCAAUCUAGGGAUGAAUUGGAUAACUUACAUCAGACCAUGUCAUUACUUCUUCAUGGCGACAAUGAGAAUGAAUUUAUUGAGCGUCUUGGAGGCGGCAAUGCUAAUUUAGGUCAAGGGCGAGAAGAAUGGCAUGGGCAGAGGACGGAGCAGCAACAUUUUCUGAACAGACCAAGUUGGUUGCAGCAGUUUUUAAGGGUUAUUGGCUUUGAGGCAGCUUGUCCGGCGCCAAUUUGCUGUCGAGACGACUGGCGUGGUGGGCGGCGCCCCAGCAGUAACCCAGUGGCAGUGGAUGGAGAAAACUACAGGACAAGUGGGUGGAAACGUGAUUUCUCCUAUGCCAAGUGGCAUGCUCGUCACGGCAGGGCCGCAUUGGCGAUGGAGUCGCUCUUGCUGGCCAUCUCUUCCGACGAGUUUGAUGCGUGGCGUUCCCUUCUUGUAGAGGAGCCCAACUGGAACCGUUUGCGGGGCAUUGACCGGCAACGUUGGUAUUGUCUUGUGGCGGUCAAAUUAUGCGAGUUGUUGGACAAACGCAAUAGCCGGAGAAGGAACCCUCCUGCAAAAAGCCCCAGUGAGCAAUGUGGCGCGAGCUGCCCGAUGGAAGAGGAUAUGAAUGAGGAAGGGGACAACGACGGACGGGAAGCACGGCAAGAGGUGCCGACGGAUCGAAGAGUGCCGCUCACUGCCGACCUUCUGGCCCCGUUUCUCCGGCGGAUGAGUUGGUGCUACGCAGUGGAGAAGCAAUCCGACAAAGAGAGGGUGGCAGCGGCAGAGACAGCGGGGACUUUGUCGGGGGGAAUGACCCCGCCAUCCCAUGAAGCCAUUGGUGCGGCUCUGGAGGAUCUUUUAUUGGCUUCUAUUGCCAGGUUUCCCCACAGUGCGGUGUUGUUCUACCUGCUGGCAUCUAUGCGUGCGAUACAAGGGCGCCAAGAGGAGUCACUCCAUCUUUUGGGGGAAGUCAUACGUCUCGACCCCUCACACUUGCUACGCGAGGGAUGCAACCCUCAUUGA